AUGUAUCGCAUCAAACAGUUCACGACAGACAACAACGUCACCAGAAGCUCACAGUCAGGAAACAUUACCGAAAGACGAGCUACCAAUGUGCCGCCUUUAAACGAUAAGAUGCAUUCUAAAUACAAAACAACUAUCAAGACUGCCUUGAAAUCCCCAAGAGCGACUAUUUCCAGGAACAUUCUGGAUCGUUAUCUUGAGUAUCGCCAGAUAAAGCGAGUUCAUAAUUUUAAGGAACUUUAUGAUCCUCGCUUUUCUGUGGUAGAGCUUGACAGCAAAUCAGGGACUUUAAAAGCCGGUGCACAGCUCACUUUUAAAAUAUCUCUUCAUAAUGGUUAUAACCAGCCACUACAUCAAGGAGGUGAUCUACUCAAUAUUUGGCUUCGAAAUGCGGAAGGAACAUCGACUGUUGCUGGUCACGUGGUCGAUCAUAUGAACGGUUCUUACACAGGUCACGUGAUGGCAUUUUGGGCCGGAAAUGUCACUGCAAAAGUGACCGUCACCAACACAAAAGAGGGAAUCGGUUUAUAUACCAACUACGUUCAUGAGCAUGGUUCUUAUAAAUUCAUAAACGCCACAUUUUCAGAGAAUAAUAAAACUGAAAUGACUCUAUGUGCGCCUAAGAGGUCUACUUGGUUGUACCAAAGAUACGGAGGAUUCUGUAACCUGACUAAGGACAAUUACAAUAUUUCUUUAUUCUGUGGGAAGCCCAAGUCCGUUUCAUGUAGGAACUGGGUAAAGUAUGGCUGCAACGGUGCACUGUAUUUAACUGGAAAUACAGAGAAAAUACUGAGCUACAGGGAUGUGCUGUUGAAGGGAAUUCAACUAACCAUUGUUCCAAGUUCUAAUGGCGAUCUAGAUUAUCCAAUGCCCAAAACACCAUGCAAUGUUUUGCCGCAAGCUUUGACAUGGAACACCACAAAACCAUCCGGUUUCCUAAAUAAAGGAAAACAUCAUAACCUGAUAUGUCGAAAAACAGUAGAUCUCAGUGGAGAGAAAUAUCGGGCAUGUCUUAAAAACAGACAAGUUAUUCGAUUGGAGAUUCUACAACUAGACAAUGGUUCUUCCGUCUGGCGACCAUUUUGGGGAUAA